AUGGCCUCCCCUUCCAAUACAAACGAGGACGAUCCCUCCUCCGACUUGUUGCUGUAUGCCCACGAUGACUCCGACCCCUCGGCACACCUGUCAAACGAGACCCCGGGAGCCCAAGAUGUCGCCUCGGCGUCCGCCAAGGAGCCGCUGCCCAUGCAGAGCGUCGCCGGCCCUGCACCCAUUGCACCGUCUACAGUUAUGCCCUCCAAUCGUCGCCGUAAUCCGGCCCCUCAGUAUGUCGAAGCGCUUGAAACCCGUCUGCACAAAGCCGAAGCCCUUCUGCGCGUCGUUCUCCCCGACAUCAACCUGGAUGACCCGCGAUUCGACGUCCAUGCCACGGAGCAGCUGCUAGCGGCCAUCAAGCGCGAGAAGCACCAGCCGCCUCAGCAACCAGAGCCGCAGCCACCACCUCCGGCCUGCAAUGGCCUUCAGCCCGCUGCCACGGCGUCCGGCCCGGCGGAUGCAGCGCCGACGGACGGGGCCGGGUGCGAGGAAUCCUUGCUGGAAUCUAUGGUCGAUAGUUCGGGCUUUUUGGACUUGGAUGAUCAGGGCCACUGGGAUUACCACGGACACACCUCCGGCAUGAUCUUCAUUCGGCGACUGCGGAAGCAGCUGGGUGCAGCCGACAUUGGGGUGCCCGCCAUGCGGUCGCGCCCCAUCACACAGCAGAUGCUGGAUAGUCCCAAGUCCGCGUCGGAGUCGCCGCAGGAUGCGUCAUUACCACCCACCCAUGAUCUGCCUGCACGCGAUGUCGCACGGCAUCUGUGUCACAACGCCUUGGAGGACGGAUGUUCCCUGAUGCGGUUCGUUCAUGAGCCGUCGUUCUAUGCCAUGUUUGAUCGGAUUUACGAUACCCCACUGGAACAGUAUUCCAACGAAGAGCAUUCAUUCCUACCGUUGCUCUACAUUGUCAUGUCAGUCGGCUGUUUGUUUUCGGAUGACAGGGCUGGGACCCUGGAUCUCUCGGGAUAUGAGAGCGCCAUCGGCCAAGGUUUCCAAUUCUUCAAGGCCGGCCGGCAUCUCUUGGAUAUCACCGACUGUCGUGACCUGACCUCCCUUCAGGCGAUCUGUUUCAUGGUGCUCUUCCUCCAAUCCUCGGCGAAACUGAGCACAUGUUAUUCGUACGUGGGAAUCGCUCUUCGCUCCGCCUUGCGACUGGGCUUGCAUCGCCGAGCGGUCACAGCCAAUUUCAAUCCUCUCGAAAGCGAGCUGCGGCGACGCAUAUUCUGGGUCGUCCGAAAGAUGGAUGUCUAUGUGAGCACGCUUCUGGGGCUGCCCCAGAUGCUGAGCGACGACGACAUCGACCAGGAAUACCCAGCGUCGGUCGACGGAGAAUACAUCGGCCGCGACGGCAUCCUGCCCACGCCGGCGGACUACACGCCCUUGAUGGCCGGUGCCAAUGCGCACACGCGCCUGUCGAAUAUUAUUCUGAAGGUAGUGAAAUACAUCUACCCCGUCAAAAACGCUCAGCACCGGUCCGAGUCUGAUCAGCGCUACGUCGUGAGCCACUCGAAAAUCCGUGAGAUCGAGCGAGAUCUUCAGGCGUGGAUGGAAGAAUUGCCUGCGGCGCUCCGACCAGGGACUGAAGUCUCCCCGCAGCUGGAACGGAUUCGACAACUGCUACGAAUCAGCUAUGCCCAUGUGCAAGUGGUCAUGUAUCGCCCCUUCUUGCAUUACGUCUCCAGCGGCUCCCAGGCCCGUGGUGUAGACCGACGUUCCUACGCCUGUGCCGCUGCCUGCGUCAGCGUUUCCCGCAACAUUGUUCACAUCACCACGGGCAUGCAUAAGAGAGGACUGCUCAAUGGGGCGUUCUGGUUUACCAUGUAUACCACGUACUUUGCCAUCCUCUCGUUGCUUUUCUUUGUGCUCGAGAACCCCGACUCACCCACGGCCAAGGACGGGGUCCUCAAAGAUGCCAUGGAAGGCAAGAACACGCUGGCGGGGCUAGCAAAAAAAAGCAUGGCGGCGGACCGAUGUUCGCAAAGCCUCAACUCUCUGUUCAAGAACCUUCCAGAUCUGCUCAAGAACCGCCAGAGCACGGCGAACCCAACCACUCGCGGACAUAACCCCCCCCCGCAGAGAUCGAACACGUUCCCCCUGCAGCUGUUGACCCGGCCGUCGAAAGCCGAGGCCAGCAAUACGCCGAAGAGUCUGGACGACAGCGCCUCGCACCGACGGACGCCAUCGAACACCGGUCCCAUCCACACCCCUACCUGGUUCGCGUCCACGCCGGAAUCCGCCCCCGAAACCGUGUCAACGCCGUCGGACACAUUCCCCGUCACGGAGCCGGUAGGUGUCUCGUCCAAUACCGUCUCCACGAUGCCCAUGUCGUUACCGUUGCGGGAAUCACCGUCCUCGUCCGCGCUGUAUGCCCCAAAUACGUUUACGAAUCCCACCAAUCUCCCCGAUCUCAUGGGAAUCAUGUUCCCGUCCGAUGACCCCUUCGCGUACCCCACGCAACCGAUGUCCACGUUAGAAGACGGCCAUUUCCGCCAUGAGGGCGCGGGUCCCAAGUUUGGCCUGAACCCGACCUCGCAACGGUCCGCAAUCUCAGCUGCAACGUCCCCGGAUCCCAGCACCACCAUGGGGGUGUCGACGCCGAACCUGGAUAGCUUUGCUCAUUUUCCCCUCUUCCCGGGUGGGACGCCGACGCCGAUGAUCCCAAAUGCAGUCGCCGGUAUCGCACGUGUCGAACCCGGGGAGCGUGGACCCGUCAACAGUCCGGAUCUGGUAUCACUACCGAACAGCAACUUCAUGUUGCAGGGAUAUAACUUCCAACCGCAGAAUUAUGUGGCGGACGUGUCAACGCAGCCGCCAGCACCAUCCGGGCAGGCACCGGGACUGGGGAUUGGUUUGGACGAGGCCGACUCGAUGGGGAUGGGGAUUGACCUGGGGAUAUCUCUGGAUGAUAUCUUUGGGAAUGGUGAUAUCUGUCGAGGGGGGACCCUUCCGAAUGAUGAGUGGGCUCAGUGGAUGAAUACCAGUUAG